AUGUAUUCCUUCAAUAAUCCUAAUGGUAUAACUUACAACCCAAAUACCUCCAAAUACUCAGUCACCUUCGCCGGAAAAACAAUUGAAACUACCGUCACCGACAAAGGCGCCGUCGCAGAUGAAUGGGUACGUAACAUUCUUUCCAUACAUGGAAACACUCCCAUGGUUGUUGUUGGCCUAGACAUUGAAUGGAGACCCCAUGAAAUAAGUUGGAUGAGCAACAAAUCCGCAACGUUACAAUUAUGCAUCGAUGAAAAAUGUCUUAUUCUUCAACUUUUCUACGUUGAUGAAAUUCCUGAAUCUCUCAAGGAUUUUCUCAAUGGUACAAAUUUUACAUUUGUGGGAAUUGAAGUUGGUGAUGAUGUAAAAAAGCUGAAGAAUGAGUAUGGAUUGAAUUGUUGUAAGAUCGCUGAUAUUUGCGCGAUAGCGAAGCAGCGUUGGCCUGGGAGGUUUCGUCGACCAGGGCUGAAAGAUUUAGCUUUGGAAAUUGCUGGUUUGAAUAUGAAGAAGCCUAAGCAUGUGUGUAGGAGUAAUUGGGAGGCAAGGGAGUUGAGUAGUGACCAGGUUGAGUAUGCGUGCCUUGAUGCUUAUGCUUCUUAUAAGAUUGGCAACAAGCUUUUGCUUGAGUGA